AUGGACGGCAUUAAGAAGACGUUUGCGCAAUGCAAGAAAGAGGGCAGGUCUGCCCUCGUCACCUAUGUGACUGCAGGUUUCCCUACGGCAGAGGAGACGCCAGACAUCAUGAUGGCAAUGGAGGCAGGAGGUGCUGACAUCAUUGAACUCGGCAUGCCCUUCACCGACCCCAUUGCCGACGGUCCAGCAAUCCAAACCGCGAACACUCAAGCCCUCAAGAACGGCGUCACGAUUGGCCACGUUCUACAGAUGAUCCGCGAUGCGAGGAAGCGGGGUCUGAAGGCACCUGUCCUUCUCAUGGGAUACUACAACCCUCUGCUCAGCUACGGCGAAGAGAAGAUGCUGCAGGAUGCGAAGGAGGCCGGUGCCAAUGGCUUCAUUAUGGUUGACCUGCCACCUGAGGAGGCCCUACGCUUCAGGAACUUCUGCCGCAGCUACGGUCUCUCUUACGUUCCGCUCAUCGCACCCGCUACGUCCGAGCACCGCAUGCGCGUCCUCUGCAAAAUCGCCGAUUCCUUCAUCUACGUCGUAUCUCGCAUGGGCGUCACUGGCGCCUCUGGAACCAUGAACGCCGCCCUCCCUCAGCUGCUCGAGCGCGUCCAUAAAUACUCUGGCAAUGUUCCGGCAGCUGUCGGUUUCGGUGUCAGCACACGCGACCACUACUUGAGCGUAGGCAAGAUCGCGGAGGGUGUCGUUAUUGGCAGCCAGAUCAUCAACACGCUGAUCAAGGCUCCUGCAGGCGAGGGGGCAAAAGCAGUUGAGAAGUACUGUGAUGAGAUCUGUGGCAAGAGUACGCGCGAGACGACUCGUGAGGUUGGCAUAGUCGAGGCAUUGAACGAGGCCAAGGAGCCCACUGGCGUGCACGUCGACAAGGUCAUCACGGACAAAGACACACCAGACGGUCCUGGACUCGCCGAUCAACUGGAGAUGCUUAACACAGAUGACAUCAACGGCACACAUGAGCAGAACGGUUUUGACGAAAAGCACAAGUACCCCGCGCGAUUCGGUGAAUUUGGUGGCCAAUAUGUCCCUGAAUCACUCAUGGACUGCCUCUCUGAACUUGAGGCAGGUUUUGACGCAGCCAUCGAAGACCCCAAGUUCUGGGAAGAGUACCGUUCUUACUAUGACUGGAUGGGUAGACCAGGCCAUUUGCAUCUUGCCGAGCGCCUCACUGAGCACGCUGGAGGUGCUAACAUCUGGUUGAAGCGAGAGGAUUUGAACCACACUGGAAGUCACAAGAUCAACAAUGCUCUUGGACAAGUACUUAUUGCUAGGAGACUGGGAAAGACUGAGAUUAUUGCCGAAACCGGAGCUGGUCAGCACGGUGUCGCGACGGCCACCGUGUGCGCCAAGUUCAACAUGAAGUGUACCAUCUACAUGGGUGCCGAGGACGUCAGGCGUCAAGCUUUGAACGUCUUCCGCAUCAAGUUGCUUGGUGCGCAGGUCGUUGCUGUUGAGGCUGGUGCCCAAACUCUGCGUGAUGCAGUCAACGAGGCAAUGCGCGCAUGGGUUGUUCACCUCGACACGACUCACUACAUUAUCGGAUCUGCUAUCGGACCUCAUCCCUUCCCUACGAUUGUCCGUACCUUCCAGUCGAUUAUUGGAAACGAGACCAAGGAACAGAUGCAGGCGAAGCGCGGCAAGCUUCCUGAUGCAGUAGUCGCUUGUGUCGGUGGUGGCAGCAACGCCGCGGGAAUGUUCUACCCCUUCUCCAAGGACCUUUCCGUCAAGCUUCUCGGUAUCGAGGCCGGUGGUGACGGUGUCGACACAGACCGCCACAGCGCGACUCUUUCGGCUGGAACCAAGGGUGUGCUUCACGGUGUCCGUACCUACGUGAUCCAGAACCAGCACGGACAGAUUAGCGAGACUCAUUCGGUCUCUGCUGGUCUCGACUACCCUGGUGUAGGACCAGAGCUUUCCAGCUGGAAGGACAGUGACCGCGCCAAGUUCAUUGCAUGCACUGACGCUGAAGCGUUUAUUGGCUUCCGUCUCAUGUCUCAGCUUGAGGGUAUCAUCCCCGCGCUGGAGACAUCGCACGCCGUUUUCGGUGCCAUUGAGUUGGCGAAGACGAUGAACAAGGACCAGGACAUUGUCAUCUGUGUGUCUGGACGUGGUGACAAGGACGUGCAGAGCGUAGCUGAGGAGCUGCCCAAGCUGGGACCCAAGAUUGGCUGGGACCUGAGGUUCUAA